AUGCCGAUGAAACAAACUCUCGUGAAACCAAGAUCAACACUGAACAAAUCCGAAAUAAAUUCCCGUGAUGCUAACUAUGCAAUGGAGACACAGAAUAUCAUUAACGUGAUAACUGGGAAAUAUAACGAAAUCGAACAAGCACAAAGUGUCAUUUCUCCCGAAAUAAUUGAGCCUACCGAGGAAGCAGAACAAUCCGAUUCGACCCAACGAUUAUUUUCAGAUAUAACUUCAGAAAUCUGGAACCAAUUUAAAAUUAUUUUCGAUAGGAUUAUGGCAGAAAAAAGCGUGUUCUUUAGAUGA